AUGUUAAAUAUAUUGCUAUUAAGUUUACUUUGCUCAUUCACACUUGCAUUCCCGUUCCAAUUACCUUUUAAAUUUUCUUCAGAUGAACAACAACCAAAGAGCUCAAUUCACACAAUUUCAGAAUAUCCUACUCAUACGCUAUCAACUAAUUCAAUUCAGUCAUUAGGAUUAGAAAAACCUGAAAUUGGUCAAUAUGCUGGAUACUUUAAAUGUGGUCUUACAGAAAAUAAUAUGUUUUAUUGGUUUUUUGAAAGUAGAAAUAAUCCAGAUACAGACCCAUUAAUAUUAUGGUUAACUGGUGGACCGGGUUGUUCAUCAAGUUAUGGAUUAUUUUUUGAAUUAGGUCCAAGCUCAAUUGAUGUCAAUUUAAAACCCGUGUACAAUAAUUUUUCUUGGAAUUCAAAUGCUUCCGUUAUAUUUUUGGAUCAACCAACAGGUACUGGAUUUAGUUAUGGAGGUAUACCUGCUUUAAGUACAGAUACUUUAACUCAACAAAUAUAUGUAUUCAUUGAAUUUUUCUUUGAUAGAUUUCCUAAUUUUAGAAAGAAUAAAUUUCAUAUCGCUGGUGAAUCUUAUGCUGGUCAUUAUAUACCUAACUUAUUACAUCAAUUAAAGAAAAAUUGGCAUACUAUUACUUUUAAAGUUGAGUCAGUGUUAAUAGGGAAUGGUAUAAUUGAUCCUUUAAUUCAAAUUGGCGCAUAUGAACCAAUGGCAUGUGGUAAAGCUGGGUAUAAGAAAUUACUAAAUGAUUCGGAUUGUCAAUAUAUGAUUGAUAAAUAUGAAGUUUUUAAAAAAUAUGAUAAAUUUUGUUACAUUACAGGUGAAUUAUAUUCAUGUGUUCAUGCAAGAAAGUUAGGUAAAGAAAUUUCAGAACCUUUUAAUAAAUUAAAUUUAAAUCCGUAUGAUAUUAGAAAAAAAUGUAUUGCGAAUACUUCAGACUGUUAUUUAGAAUCACAAGCAAUCGAUAAGUACUUAAACCUACCCGAAGUCAAAUCUGUUAUUGGAGUGAGUCAAAAUUUGGAAUUCAAAAUGUGUAAUGAUGAAGUAGCAAAACCAUUUGAAUGGUAUGGAGAUAAUAUGAGACCAUCGCAACAAUACUUAAAAGAAGCACUUGAAGUUGAUAAUACCCCAGUACUUAUUUAUUCUGGUGACAAAGAUUAUUUAUGUGGAUGGAUUGGUUUACUUGAGGUAUGUGAUAAAUUAAAAUAUGAAGGAUUUGUAAAACAACCCAUUCAAAAUUGGAUAACUUUAGAUGGUGAACUUGCUGGACAAGUUAAAAAUUACAAGAAAUUGACAUUUGUAAGAGUUUUCAAAGCUGGCCAUAUGGUACCUUUUGAUCAACCUAGAAAUAGUUUAGAUUUAUUAAAUAGAUGGAUUAAUGGUGAUUAUACUUUAUCCAAUUAA